AUGGCCGAAUCCCAAAGCCCCCUCGCGGCCGUCAAGGUCGAGGCCCUGGUGGUGAUGAAAAUCAUCAAGCACUGCUCCCAGACUUUCCCGACGACCGCGACCGGUUCCCUUGUCGGCCUGGACAACGAAGGCCUCCUCGAGAUCACAAACUCUUUCCCGCUCCCCGUGGUCGAGACUCCCGUGGAGUCGCACUCCGAUAACGCCGCCCCCAACCCGGCUGCCUCUGCGCCCCGCACCAAGGCGAACGCUGUCUACCAGGCUGAGAUGAUCCGGAUGAUGCGUGAGGUCAAUAUCGAUGCAAACAACGUCGGCUGGUACACUAGCGCCAACAUGGGCAACUGGGUCAACAUGAACGUGAUCGAGAACCAAUACUUCUACCAGAAGGAGCUGAACGAACGCACAGUUGCUCUUAUCCACGAUGUUAGCCGCAGCGCUCAGGGUGCCCUCAGCCUGCGCGCUUUCCGCCUCUCCGCCAAGUUCAUGGAGGCGUUCAAGGAGAACAAGUUCAACUCGGAGGAGCUCCAAAAAUCCAACCUCCGCUACCAAGACAUCUUCGAAGAGCUGCCCAUUGAGAUCCACAACUCGCAUCUGAUUACCUCCCUCAUCCACCAGCUGCACCCCUUCUCCAAGUCCUCUAUUUUCACCCCCAACUUCGACAACCUGUCGCUCAGUGUCGACCCCUUCCUCGAGAAGAACUGCGACCUCCUGCUCGACAGCAUCGAGGCCCACAACACCGAGACCAACAACUACCAGUACUACCAGCGUGUGCUCGGCCGUGAGCAGCAGAAGAUCAACAACUGGAAGCAGAAGCGCAGCCAAGAGAACGCCACUCGAGCCGCACUCAAGCAGCCUCUCCUCCCCGAGGACGAGUGGCAGCGUCUGUUCAAGCUCCCUGCCGAGCCCAGCCGGCUGGAAGCUAUGCUCAACACCCGCCAGGUGGAGCAGUUCUCUCGCCAGGUCGACAGCUUCGUCUCGUCGGCCACCGGCAGAGAUGUUCGCUGUCAAGGGCAACAUGCUGCCCGGUGA